UAAAGUCAGUGCUUAGCUGGUGGUUGGACUGGCGUGACUGUUCGUUGCCUGGCGCUGCUGCUGCUGCUGCCGCCGUCGCCGCCGCUGCUGCUGUCCGCUGCCCCUGCCUGCCUACUCAGCUGUUUAGUUACCACCCAGCUGUCUGUGAUGUGGGACGUACGCAUGCGCGCCAGCUCUUCCAGGGAUCUCUUGCCGUCAUUGAACUUCGAAACACGACUUACUUUUUUAUCACAUUCGUUCAAGCUUUUUGUGAUAAUAGCUGUGCUUUCUGCUUAGUCUUUGGGUGACACUGCGUUGAAAUUGAACCAAAAUAGACGCUACUUUAGGUGUUUGCGAGAAAAUUGUAAUUGCUACGAGGGGAGUGCUUCAGGAAAGCUAGUGGAUUCAUGUCUACAGUAAACUCAAUUAAAUGAACCCCCUGAAGUGUAAACCCACGAAAAAGUAUGGAAUGUGUGUGUUUGGAGUAUCCCAAGUGCUGAUACGUCUUUCAGCAUAAGUAUAAAAUGGUUAAACCAUAACAUUAGUGCCCUUUUUUUCUUUCUUAAUAUGACAACUUUCUGCUUUGGAUAUAACUGAUCGUGAUUCUGAGUGUGCGUGGUAUUUGAUAAUUUGUUGAUGAAAACUGAUCUGGCUGUGCGUUGUGCAUGACGAUAUGGUGCCAGUGCCUCCCGUGACGAUGAUGGGGAUGACGAUGAACUCUGGAAAUGUCACCGGUGAACAAUUCUUCACAGGUGGAAGAGGCAUUAAUUGAACCGAAUGGUCUCAGAAUCGAAGCUGCUGCUGCUCACGACCAUGGCACUCGAGUGACUCUGGUGGGAGUGCAGGUUCUUCGUCAUCGAAUCGCCCUUUGGCCCUGCGUCUUUUCGAGGGUUCUGGAGGAAUGAUGCCAUCGGGAGAGACGAUCACAGUCGGGAUGACAGGUGGGGACAUAGGAGGAGGAGGAGGAGGAGGAGGGACGGGUGUCGACAGCGACGGGAAAAGUGCCGUCUAUGGAGACGAGGAAUAUGGAGAAGAUUUGGCCCAGCUCGAUAUGUUGUUGAAUUACGUGAAUAAUCUGUCCGCUUCGCUGGAGUUCUUGGCGUGGGAAAAUAAACGCAUCUCAACAGAUCUGGUGCCGACCUUGUUGAAUAUGUACGAUGCUCUCUACGCCAGAUUGAACGAGGGAGCAGACGUACUAUCCACCAUUAGGGCCGGUGAAGGAGGCGAUGAUGGAGGAGGAGCUGGAGGAAGGAGAGGUGGAGGAGUUGGAGGAGGAGGAGGCGGAGGAGGAGGAGGCGAGGGCUCCGCGAAGGGCCUGAGCAACGGUCUCGUAGAUUUAAGUAACAUCGGUCAAGAUGAAACCAAGUCAGCCAAAGAAACCGAAAAUGGUGCUAUAGAAAAUGGGGUGUGCGGGGAUAACAAUACUAGACUCUUCAUCGAGGAGAAAGACCUCGAGAAAGGGAACCAAAUGAACAACAAUAGCAUUAGCUCUAGAGACAAGACUUUAAUCAAGUGUGAUCAGUGUGGUGCGUUAAGAAGGACUACGACGAGCGAGUGUCGGUGCAUUUCCAAAAUGAGCAUUAGUGAGUCAAUCUGUACAUUAUUCGACAACAUCGACACCGGGUUGGACAGGAGCUCCACCUCCGACACCUUUUACGACCAUUUCGAAAAACGCCUCCGCAAAGAGCACAUCUACGCCGAACCCGAAUUCGUGAUCAAGCCCAAAGACAGCCCAAAGUCCAUCACCUCCACCUCGACCACGUCUUCCUCGAACACUCACACCUCGUCUUCCGUCAUCGCGUCCUCCAACUCGUCCUUAAGCCUGAAGACACCUGGUACCCCGACCUCCCCUCCGAUGGGACAGGACCCCAGGAAGUUCAAAGGGGUGUAUCGCCCCCUGUCGGCCAUAUCGUCUUCGUCCUCGUCAUCGUCGUCUUCCAACUCUCUACCUCGAGGACCAGUAGAGAGCCUCGAGGACAACGAUGCCGACCACUCGGACACCGAAGAGACAACGAGGAGGAGAGACAGAACCAUCAAGACGCGGAGGGAGAAGGCGCAGCGCACAGGAUGCCUUCGUUUGCCGCAGGAUUUAGACCUCUCUUCUGAGAUACCAGGUUCCGGUGACAGCGGUGUCCAGUGCCACAGUAUAAGUCUGCCAGCCCCUCCUACCUUGAGACCCAAGUAUUACGACCCGAACCUUGAUUAUAUGGAUAGAAUAGUUCUCGAGAUUGUCGAGACAGAGGCCAUCUACGUGCGAGACCUCCGCGAGAUCAUUGAGGGUUACCUUGAAUAUUGGAGGCGUCAUCCGGAGUCUGGCAUCGCCCAGAGCCAAGCUGAGGAUCUCUUCUCGAACAUCGAACAAAUACACACCUUCAACAGAGGUUUUCUCUCGGAAUUGGAAGCAUGUGGGGUAGAUCCAGUAGCCGUCGCGCGAUGUUUCGUCAGAAACAACAGCGGUUUUGCCAUUUACACCCAGUACUGCACCAAUUAUCCAAGAACGGUGAGCGUCCUGACGGAGCUGAUGCGCGGCGAAGCGUCCGUCCGCGCCUUCAGGGAGCGACAGUUAGCCCUGAGCCACACUCUUCCCUUAGGGUCGUACCUCUUGAAGCCAGUACAGCGGAUACUCAAAUACCACCUCCUACUGGGCAACAUCGUUAAACACUUCGAGAAGGACUGCAGCGGGUAUUCCGAGAUAUGGAAUGCCCUCUCAGCCAUGACAGGAAUGGCUCACCAUAUUAACGAUAUGAAGAGGAAACAUGAACACGCUGUUAGAGUUCAAGAAAUCCAGUCUCUUCUCUACGGGUGGCAGUUCGAGGACUUGACCACUUACGGAGAGCUCGCCGCUGAAGGGACUUUUAGAAUGUGUGGUGCUAAAGGCCUCAGGCACAUCUUCCUCUUCGAGAAAAUGAUCCUUAUCGCCAAAAAGAAAGAAGAAAAUACUCUCAUGUAUAAAGCGCAUAUUCUUUGUUCCAAUUUGAUGUUGAUCGAAUCGGUCCCUGGAGAACCUUUAAGCUUCCAUAUAAUUCCUUUUGAUAAUCCAAGAAUGCAAUACACAUUGGAGGCACGCAACUUGGAGCAGAAAAGGGAGUGGACGCUUCAGCUAAAACGAGUCAUUUUAGAGAAUUACAGUGCCAAUAUUCCUGCUCAUGCACGUCAGUUGGUAAUGGAACUUGGUCAGAGUAAACCUGAAGAUCUUCUAAUGUCAGAAAGCCGUAGCAGUGGUCGUCGUGCCCAUCACGCUCCCGAGUAUCUGGAAAGGAGAAAAGCACAUGACAGACGAAGAGCAUCAGAGGGAGGCCUCAACACGAGACUAAGAUUAAGACGUUCUAGUCGCACAAGGAAGGAGAAAGAGGAGAAGGAGUCAAGAAGCCGCAGCGCUAGUCGUACAAGGGAAACGGAUGAAGAAGCUGACAGAAAGAUUUCCACAAAUUCUGCUCCAUCAUCCAGUGAAAAGUCAAAGCUGAAAAUACCAUCAAUGUGGGGUCGACGUCGUUCAGAGCCUGGCAUUGGGAGCAGGGAGAGUUUAAGCGUAACACUUUCAGCUCCUGAAGAUAUCAAUACUCCUUCUCCCGAUACAACCAUUGAUAUCAGCAUGAACACUCCAACUGAAGCCAUAACACCAGAGAUAUCAGUUGAUGGCCUGUCUGCAUCUGAAUAUGAAAGGGAGGAGGAACCAGAAAAUGGUGAGAAUCUAGAAGAGAUUGUUAGUAAAAUACUUCAGCGAGAGUUGCAGUUGCAAAAGCUGUUACUAAAUAAGCAACGAAGAAAUCUUGUCAGAAAGAUCCCUUUCAAGUACGACACAUCAGACACCGAAAAUGAGGAUGGCCCUUGCUGCCGAAAUAAUGAACCUUACCCAGGAUCUGACAACCAUAGCGCACAAAGAAAUGAUGAUGUGGGAGACUAUGUAGACUUUUAUUUUAAUGAGGGUCAGUGUGCAACUCAUAAUGAAAGUGCCAAUGCAUCAAGUAGUGAAUGCCAAUCUUUGUAUAGUAGUGCCGUCUCUGUUCACAACCACAACACAGGUGACUUUCGACCACUUAACAGUGAAAAACCUAACAAGCCUGUAAGAAGGUCCUCUUCCGAUCUUAGUUUUAAAAAGGUACCAGCCAGUAAGAAGCAUACAAACUACGACAACUUGAUCAAUAUAUGGAGUACCUUGCGAGGAAAAAGUCCUGAAAAGAAGCAUGGUAGCUUAACUCCUCAACCCAAGCAUUCCGAUAUCUCUGUAAAUAGUUUAGAGAAACCUCGAUUACGGCGAGCACAGUCAUUUUCUAUUGAAAAAUGUCUAAAUGGCAAUAGCGAAAAUAUUUAUGCCUCUCCAGCCCAGUUAGUACCUCAGCCAAAUACUGCCCCAGUUCAAAGCUCUAAGAAAGAAGACAUUUGGGUGAAGGAUGAAAAUCGUGGGAGUCCAAGGGAAAAUCGUGAGCGCCCUGUCACCAUAGCAAUCUACAACUCAAAUGAAGUUAGUUUAAGUGCAUUAGAACAAUAUCUUAGUCAACCACGUUCAUCUGGCCACACUCCUGAACGUUUUCCUUAUGAUACAGAAGAUAACUUUACAGAUUAUUCUAUGACUCCACACAUGAGUAUGGAUAACAUUUUGAGUAUUCACCCAGAACAUAAAAUUUAUAAGCCAUCAAAUAAUAGAAAUACAUUGAAGCAUGUUUUCAACAAAAUAACAAGUCCCAAAAGUAAUAAAGCCAUCUCUGAACCUUCAGGCUCAGUUUUUAAUUAUUCUGUUGAAAGUGAGCUUGACAGAAAUAUUGGUGAUAAGAAAGCUAGCAAGAUGGUGUACAAUAUGGCCAGGCAAUGUUCCAAAACACUGAAAGAGCGAAUAAAACAGAUAAGAGCAGAAGAUGGUGAUAAAAGUCCAGGUAUUAAAAGUGAAAGUUUGUAUUCCCUACCAAUAUACAAACAGGGGAGUUCUAGCAUCGGGGCUCGUUUGGCAGGUACGAACGAGCCUUCUGACUAUGCGGUUCCGAGGAUUAGACCUAUGGACCAGAAACCUAAAUCAGAACUUCGACCUGACUCGGUUCUGUCCUCUUCAUCUAUCCUCACCUCUUCCUCUUCAUCCUCAUCCUCCUCCAGUCGCGAUACCAAGUUCCUGGAAGGCGUUGAAGUCUCCAGUAUGGCUAACGUGGAGGAGGAAAAUGAGGAAAUUCAGGAAUCUCCUUCCUUCGAGAGUGAUGCUUCUGCUGACAGCUAUUAUGAACGGUCUUUUGAGGCAAUUGAAAACCUGGAAACAGAGAUUUUCAGAGACAGUGCCAUCUAUAGUGAUCCAGAGGACCCUGAAUCUCCUCCAUCAAGUCUUAAUCAAGACAGGUCACCUACUAGUCCUAAAUCCAGAUCAUCCGUUUCACGAAAACCCUCUUCCCGCUCUUCUAAGAACAAUCCUACUUCUGCCAAAUUUAGAUCUAUCGAGUCCAAUUCAGCAUUAAAAUCUACAAAGACAGCUAGCGAAGAAAACACUGGACCAAAAAGUACUGAUUCUAGUGGUUUAUCUCCUCAACCGAAGAAAGUACCUCCACCCGUUCCUGCUAAACCCGAAAAUAUAAAAUCUAGAAAAAGCCGAGCCUGUGGUACUCUCAUAACGCAGCAGCUUAGAAAUCUAGAAGAGUGCUCAAAACCCAAUCUAUCAGAACAGGCUUCAUCAUCAUUUGAAGGCAUUAGAAGUCUAGAUGAACGCCGUAAAGAUCUCAGAGUUCAAAUUAAAAUAGAAGGUGAAGAUGAUGCAGAGAUAUCCGGUAAGGAUUUCAAUGAUGGAGAAUUUUCUACAUUUCGACAUUCAAGGCUAUCUAAAUCACCAUCUCUUAUGACCCCACCAAUAAUCAAAAACCCUAUAACCCUCUCUCCUCUUAGCAACUUAUCUGUAAGCCCAUUACAUGUAAUAAGAUCAUCAUCUGUCCCUCCUAGAUUGUCCCCACGUCCUUCCCUCACGCCAGAAUCUCCAAAACCAUCAUCAUUAGGGACUGCAAGUCCAAUGGAGAGUGAAAGAAACUCUCCUCUCCCUUCUGGUGUUACCCACACAGGUGAAAAUGCUGAGGGGGAAGAGCCAAGAGUAGCAAGGGGAUGGGUGAAGCAUGUUAUAGGCAAACUACAGGCAGAGAGUGAUGUAUAAAUGAUUGAAAGGCAUAGCUUGCUUCGUAAGUUUCCACGUUCUUUCCAAUGAACUACGAAGGAUUCACGACCUGUUGAACUUGCUUAAAAUGGGAUGUUUAAACCUUUCAGUCUAUACAAGUUUUCUUGAAAGUGCUUAAACUAACAAAAGACAGUUUUGAUGUAGAGGUAAAUUUUCUUGUAAUCUUUCAGGUCCCAUGCAUUUCUCUACAUGUAGCCCAUUCAGUGCUUAACAAAUUUUGUUGCAACAAUGUAUUAAGUGUAAUUUGUAAAGUGGCUAAGUACAGUAACUGAUGUGCUUGAAAGUAUAUAUGUACUGAUAAUCUCAAAAGGAAUAUUUAUGAGUUUUAAGACAAAUUUUGAUCUUUUACACAGUAUUGAGUACCUGUUACCUAUAUUGUUCAAUCAGUCUGGAGACUGAAUCUACAGUAUUACCAAGUCUCCCAGAGCAGUUCACAGUAGGGAUUAUUCUGUGUAAUCAUUGAAGCGAGAUUGCGAUUCUCCUUCGAAUUCAAUUUUCAACACAAGCUAGUCAAAGACAAUCUUAUUGCUUAAGUUUAAAUACAUGGUCAAAAACUUUCUACAUUGGUCAAUUUUUUUUAACCUAUUAGUUUUGAAUUUGGAGUUUUUGAUCUAUAUGUAUUGUGUUGGUGCUUCUGUAUGCAUUAUUAAAUAAUAAUUUGCAUCAUUGUUCCAUGUGAUGGCUCCUUAGUCUCUUUAACUCAAUGUUAAUUCUUUUCAACAGAGUUUAUGUUCUACUUUAUAAUCCUUCUGUAUUUAAUCUAUCACCAAGUGAUGUGUUCAUUCAAGGCAGUGGAGUAAAAUGGUGGUUACAGUCGUCUGUGCAAACAGCGAAUUAUUCUCUUUUAAGUCUCUAGGUACUACAAUGGAUUAUCACUUUUUCCACUGAGCAUUGAAUAAUGUAUAAAUUUAGCUCUUUACGUUUUAAAGAACUAAAGAGCUUAUCAUUUUACAGGUGAAUAUUAUUUCAUUAUAUAAAUAAGGUAUCCCAUGUUGCUUUUAUAAAGCACAACCUAUGUACAGUUUAUACAUACCAUGUUUUAAUAAAAGUCCUCUAUUAA